AUGGAAAUAUUGCAAAAGUUUAAAGAGAAUGGAUAUUUUACAUCGGAACUAUAUCAGCUACUGUCUAAGAAAAAGCUGGGGGAAGGUUCAGAAGAAAUUAUACCAUCAGAGUACGAAAAAGAGAUGAGGCUGAGCACUGAGGAACGAUUGCAAAGUUUAAACAACGUUAUUAUAGAUAACAUUGUUAAUAACGGUGAAGAUAAAAAACAUGCUAUUUUGUCGUUCACACCUAGUAUAAUUAUAUUUCAAAACUUUCAACCAAAUGACAAAAUUGUUACUAAAUUUUCCGUGAAGAACAUAAGCAAGGCACCAACAUAUCUCAAAAUGGUUUUUAAGGAAUCUCCUUAUUUCUCCAUAAAGUUGAAUAGACCUCAACCUUUAUCAAGAUUGGCUCCUGGCAUAAGUGUUUCAUUUCUUAUCAUUUUUACACCAACGUUACUGGAGGAUUACAUUCACAAGAUAACAUUUUACACAGAUCUGGAUCAAUAUAUAGUACCUCUGAUAGGUAUGGGGCCUAGGCCAAUGUUUAAUUUUCCUGAUGAACUGACAAUUCCAAAAGUACCUUUAAAAGUCGAGAGUAACUAUUUAUUAACUAUUCGUAAUGUUGGUAUGGUUCCUUCUGGGUUUACGUUAGAUGCGAAAUGCCCUUUUUCCGUACAACCCAAGUCGGCCUAUCUGAAUUGUGAUGAACAAAUUGAAAUUAAAGUUGCAUUUAAAACAAUGCAUUUAGGCUAUACACAGGGAUUACUGCGAGUUGUAUUAGAAACAGGUGAAAAAUUUAUAAUAAAAUUGUCCGGCACAACACAUGCUGUAAGUGUUGAAAUAGAGAAGCAAAUAGUUAAAUUUCCCGAAACGUACAAUGGCAUGGUGCAGCAACAAAUAUUGAAAAUCAUCAAUAAAUCCGAUUAUGUACUUACAUACACGUGUAUGAAGAAUGAAUGUGUUUACUAUGAUUUUAAGGAUAAAGUUAAACUUGCAACUGUUUUCUACAAUCUGAAAGAGAGUGAAGCAGCUAAAUGUGCAAAACUGGUUCGUUAUGAUGUUCUAACCAGUACCGAGCAUGAAAGAGUUUACACCAGAAUAUUUUGUGAUGAAAUACAAGCUCUAGUGGCAGACGAAACACUAUAUUUCCGAGAUAGUCAUUACUCUAUAUCACCUAUUAUUGGUCAGUUGUGGCCGAACAAAGCCAGUGAAAUAACUUUAACAUUCUCUCCGACGCAAAUAGGAGAACUGGAUGCUAUAGCUUAUUUUGAUAUAGAUGGCGUUGCUGAUCGAAUACCUUUAAAAUUAGCAGGGAGUUCAUUGCCUCCAUCUAUACAUCUAAAUUUGGAGACCCUUGACAUGAGCUCUGUAUAUAUUAAUAAGACAUAUAAUUACGAAAUUAUUGCUAUAAAUAAUGGACAUGUUAAUGGUGCUAUUGUAUACAAGGAAUCACCCACACUUUUUGGAAGUAAAAUAACUUGUACACCUAAUUGUCGCUCUCUACGCCCUGGUGAAAAAGACUUGUUCGUUGUUUCUUUCUUAAACUCUAAUCCUGGACCAUUCUUAGAAGAAAUCAAUUUCAUCAUACUUGAUACAGACGUCAAACUUAAGGUGUUCUUGAAAGGUGAAAUUAUUUACCCAUCAGUUAUAUUCAGCGUGCCAUCAUUGGACUUUGGAGAUGUAAGCUUGGGACCCGAUGGCUUGCCUGGCAAAGCCUGGGUCCUGGCCUCGGAGGCUCUCGGGCCCCGACUGGAGGGGCUCCUAAGCGCAUGCUUGGAGAGAGGCCAAUUCCCGCUUCGUUGGAAGACGGGGAAGCUGGUCCUCAUUCGGAAGCCGGGGCGCCCUGCGGACUCUCCGUCCGCAUACCGGCCCGUGGUGCUGCUCGACGAGGUGGGCAAGCUCUUUGAAAGAGUAAUUGCAAACCGCCUCGCCGAGCACCUUGCGGGGACGGGGCCGGAUCUUGCGAAACACCAGUUUGGUUUCCGCAAGAGGCGCUCUACGGUGGACGCCAUCAUGCGCGUGAGAGCCCUCACGACGGGGGAUGCAGUGGCCAGGGGGGGGGUUGUCUUGGCGGUGUCUCUCGACAUCGCCAACGCCUUCAACUCCAUGCCCUGGAGCUGCAUUAGGGAGGCACUCCGGUAUCACCGGGUGCCGACCUAUCUCCGUCGUAUAGUCGGGGACUAUCUGACGGACAGGGCCGUCAUCUACCCCGGUCGAAACGGAGAGUGGAACCGGCGAGAGAUGUCGUGCGGUGUCCCACAGGGUUCGGUUCUGGGGCCGCCCCUGUGGAACAUCGGUUACGACUGGGUGCUGCGCGCCGACCUCCCUACCGGCGUCAGCGUAGUUUGCUACGCUGACGACACGCUGGUACUGGCACAAGGGGGGUCGUACGAGGCGGCGGCGGAAACUAUGACACGCGGGGUUGCGAUAGUCGUUGAGAGGAUCCGGCAACUGGGUGUACCUAAAACGUUAAUUUUAGAAUUGAUUAAUGAAUCGAAUGUACACGUAUCGGCUGUUCUUAAGAUACCAUCGGACGGUUUGGAAAUUAGUAGUAUCACGUUGGCUGAUUAUGCUUAUGCUGAUCAUUCUAAACCAGAAAUACCAAGAUGGCCUCGAGAGUUUGAAAUUGAACCUAAUAAAAUAAUAAUGGACCCAGAAUCAAUGAUAACUUUAAAGGUUAUAUUAACGGCAAAUUUAAUAAGAUCCCAUCGAACAGCUCUCGAGCUGGAGCUCGAAAAAUCCGACAGGCGGCCAUUGACUUUGCCUAUAACAUAUAAUGCAACUGUCCCUUAUCUUACACCAGCUCCUAAUGUGAACCUGCGAGCAUGCUUCUUAAAUUAUCCUUAUGUUAAUGUUAUAAAUGUAACGUCAAAUGAUUUUUAUGGGUAUUUUACUACAGAAGAAGUUAAGGAAUCUGCUUAUGACAUCGAUAUUAAUAUGAAAGAAGGAUUUAUAGAACCAAAUAGUACAAUAUCUUUAUCAGUAACAGUUACGGCAAAUACUCUCGGAGUACAUGAAUUUCCUUUGCGGUUACGCCUUUUCGGUGUGGCUGAGCCUAUAGAAAUAUGUCACAUAACUGUGUGUGGAGUAAAUCCAAUAGUGACAUGCGACCCGACAGCGCUACAUUGGGGUCAUGUAAAGUUACUCAAAAAACUUCAGAAAACUUUAACACUAUAUAACGAUUCGCCUCUUCAAUUGAAAUUUAAAACGUAUUUGCUAAAUCGUGAUACCAAAUGGCAAAUUGAACCUGUAGAAGAUUUUAUAGAACCAGAAUCUGAAAAAAAUCUCACUGUUAAUUUGUAUUUGGUCGACGCUGAGACUUAUAGUAAUAAAGCUGUUAUUCAGAUUGACAACAUGAAGGAAAUAUUGGUACCACUUACUGCCACAGGAGUUGGAACAAGUAUUGUAAUAGGAGAUUUAGGGGAUAGAAUCGAACUUGGGCACCAAUUUACGCGAAUCCCAUUAAACUCUAAAGUAAAAAUGAAAAACCAAGGUACAAAAAUGCAUGUAUUGGAAUGGAGCGAACACUACAAGACGCCAAAAAAUAAGCAGCAAGCUGUAGCCUUUUUCAACUUGGAACCUAGAUGUUUUAAAAUAUACGCGGGUGAAGAAUUGGAAUUGACUAUAACGGGAACUUCAAACAAAGUUGCUUUAGUUAAAGAAACAUGGUAUUUGGUAGGAAGUGUUGAGGGUAUCAAUAAAAAAGAGUUACUGUUAGAAUGUGAAAUCACUGCAGAGUUUGUGGAUCCAAAAAUUGAAAUAUCUUCACCAACAAUAGACUUUCAGUAUGACCAUGGUCCUUAUAGUGAAUUUUAUAAACUAACAGACAUUGUAACUAUUAAGAAUAUAUCGACAUUACCUUUAGAUUUGGAAAUUAAUGUUAGACCACCAUUUGCAUUAAUACAAAAGAAAAACACAUACAAGAUUGAAGACCAAGAAGAAGAUUUUUGUCAUUGUAUAUGUUAUAAGGAAUUUGAUUUAAAUCUGUCCAAUAUAUUCAGUAACUGCAGUGCGAAAGAAUCCAGUGACUUAAUUGAUUUUUUAACAUUAAAACCUGUGUAUCCAUUACGCGAAGGAAGUUUGCAAUUCUUUGAAGACAUUAAUAAAAUUAAGCGAGCUUUUAAUUUGACACACUUUGUUGAGCAGCAUUUAGAGGAUCAGGAAAUAAUGAAAAUUCAAAUUCUGUUCGAUAUAACAAAACACACGUCUUUAAAAGCUCGUGUAUACAGUGAUGCAAUGAAAAUUAAAUUCAAAGGACAUAAAAACAAAAAUCUGGAACAAUGUGACGCUGAUUAUGCAAACAAUAUAACAGAAAUUAAAAAAAUCUCAUUGAAAACAGAACCAAGCACCUCCAAUUUAAGCGAAGUUGUAUCACAAAGGUCUGAAAUAUGUUCAGUUAAAAUAACAGGCGACACGGCCACUGCGUUGGAGGCAAUAAAAGAACCAGACUAUAAAUUAAAUAUCAAAUUGAAGAAUAAGAUAAUAAAAACUAUAGUGCCAAUGAUAGGUGAAGAGUAUUAUGACCCAAAAUUUAAAUGGAUAUCCAAGCUUUCCCACACAACGGAAAAUAAUGUUGACCGUAUUAAUGAUAUGUUACUGUUAAUACCACAUCGAGGCAAAUUAAAACCCAAUGAAAUACAAUAUGUUAAUGUGAUGUUUCGCCCUCAAAAUAACAUAAAUGUUAGAGCUGUGAUUGAAUGUGAAGUUCUAGGAGGGCCAUCAGAAUUUAUAACAGUUACCGGACAGUCUUCAGACUUAAAGUAUAGUCUAAACACACGAGAAAUAAAUUUUAAAAUUAGAUGCUUUCAAGAAAACGCAUACGAAUAUGUACGGAUAUGUAAUAAAGCAUUAUUGCCUUUUGACUUAAAAACGUAUUUAAAUGAACCAACAUUUGAAAAUGAGCUUAAUGCAACAAUUUUAGAAGUCAUACCGCCUGAAAAGGUGAUACAACCCGAUGAAGAAAUAGAUAUACAAGUUAUAAUGAGGCCUGGAGUGCUAGGCUACUUUAAGAGAGUAUUUCUUUUAGAAAUUGGUCAUCAACCUAUUGUUCCAAUUGAAGUGUUUGGAUGGGGUGUUAUACCUCAAGUCUAUUUGUCAAUACCUAGACUAAAUAUUUCUGAAAUUAAUCCAACACUGGAAUAUGUUGCUAUCGCCACGUUAUCUAACGAAUAUUUAGAUGCUGUCAACCUGAUGCUUUCGAAGCGUACUCCGGAGCAUUUAAAUUCUCCAUUGAUCGAGAAAUGUUUCGAAGAUCCCAUGUUUCAACAUAGUUGGCACAUAUGUUCGGCUUGGGUACACUACACGAUUGAAGCAAUAAAUUAUAGUCCAACAAUAACCAAGUUACAUUUGAGCAAGAGCACAUGUAUUCCCGCUUGGUUAAGUUUAAAGUUAUGCGGAAAACUGAACCCAGGUGAAGUUGGACGAAUUGAUGUUACUUUUUCGCCCACCGCCGAUGCUUUCCCAGAUGAAGAACAGAAUGUUGAAACUGUAAUUCAUUUAGAGGUGCCCUACGGAGUCACGAUCCCGGUGAAUUUAAAAGCACUCUGUGCAGUUCCUUAUUUGGUUUCUAAUAUUGAUUUAAUCGAUUUUGGCUGCGUGAAAUGUGGCAACAAAGUGAUUUAUUCGAUACCGUUAAAAAAUGUUGGCAAGCCAACGUGCAUCUGGUAUGCAACGUUAAAGCUUAAAUCACCCGGGAUGAGCCAAAUGACGGUGUUAGAUAGCUCGGGUAAGUUUGAGCCUGGGGAGAGUGGCUGGCUUAAUAUUGCAUUCAAGCCUACAUUGGAGAUAACCUAUGAAGGUCUAUUAAUAUUCAGAUUCCAUAUGAAUCCAAAAAGAAUGACUAUACCAAUCAUAGGACACGGCGUUUUACCUAAAGUUCACAUUAUUGGACCUAACAUAAGCUUCCCGCCAACUCUGCCUUGGGCCGAAACUACAGAAUACUUUUUCGGAUUGACUAACCCGUGUCCGUUUCCAAUAGAACUCAUAAUAGCACAUAGUGAUACGAAAUGGCAAGAAGAAGAAGAAAUCUACCAACUUUUGGAUAAAUAUUACAACAAACCAGAAGAGAUGCUUGUUCCCGCAAUCAAUCCCGGCUCCGGGCUGCCGUCUGAAAUAAGAGAAUUUUAUCAAAACUUCAAAGAACACAUUAAAAAGUAUGUAGAAGAAGAUGCUUCCAAGACUUUUACGCCAAAAACGUUGUCUAUAAAAAAAACAAAAAGUCCUAAGCAUGUAAUAAGAACUAGAAGCCGAUCACUAGAAGUGUCUCCAAGACAUCACCGAACUGAAGUGGAAAUCAUCGAAGAAGAACAGUGUCAAGAAAUUGCAUAUUCGGUUGGGAAAAAACUUAAGCUACCAACUUUAAGUGUUGAUUUAUGUUUCGUUGAGGCGCUAUGUGUCAGUAAUUGUCAAGCAAAAGAAACGUUGAAUAGAGUCAUUGAUGAAAUGUACGAGGUGUCUAAGUCUGGAAUAGACAAAGCGGGUAUAAAUGAGGAUCAAACUGAAGAAUUAAACCAAACAAUCGAUGAAUUUGAAACAAUGUUGAACAAAAUCAAAAUUAUAACAAACAAUAAAACGCUCGCCACGCCGAAAUCAAAAGCCAGUGAAAAAAGAAAAAAAAGAUCGGCAACGUCAGUCGUAUCUCAUUCCGCAAUAGAAGCCAUGGGUUCAACCACAAUGUUUAAUUUGGAAUUAAUUCAAGAGCUCCUAACCGACUUCUUCGAUCAACCUAAAUUCGAUCAGGGUUUUGUGAUCGAUUCCUUAACAAGCGCAAUAUUAAGAAGUCCACCAAUAGUGUUAACCACUAUUCUUAAAUGUAAACCCACUAUAUCAAACAUAAAUUUAGUUUUAUGUCAGUCAAACUUCAACAAAUGGGCACAAAAGUAUGAAGAAUCACAAAAAGAUGACGAUAUGACAGAGGAAAUUAUUCAUAAAGAAUAUAGCGAUAGUGAAAUUCAAGAAAUAGUAAAUUCGUUUGAAAACAUGACUGAUGAGGAAUAUGAGAACGCAAGUCCAGAACUAAGAUCAAUAUACAUUUCGCGUGGCUUAGAGGACAGACGUAGGAAACACUGUCUAAAAGCAAAGGUUCUUAAAGAAACUGAUGUGAAAGAAAAGGAUAAUAAAGUUCGCAGCACGAAGUCUUCAAUAACUGUAGACAGAUCAGAGUCGAAAAAGAAAAUGAAAAAGGACGAUUUAAAAGCAAAACCAACUAGCGAAUAUUUGACGAUGAAUAUAAAAUAUAAUGAUUAUUAUAAAAAUAUUUACGAAAAUCUAAUAAACAUUGCAAAUAACUGGAUCGUAGAACAGUGUGACUUGGGUUCUCCGUUAAUUGGACUUAACGGUCAAGUCGUGGGGCAUAAUCACAAGAAAUCUAAAAAGAAGUCUGAACUACACUUACAGAUGUCCGAAGUAUCUUUUACUGAAAGAGGUUUUCCAAUUACACUUAUUACCUGCCCUUGUAUUAAUUAUAAAGAGGCUGUGGUGAACAUGUUUGCAUACUCGCCUAUAGUUGAGAAUGCUUUAAAAAAGAAAACAGAGGAAAGUGAUAUUCUGAAGGGUCCAAUUCAAAAAAAGGAAUUUUCAGUUUUACUUCCGAAAAUAUUUCCCGUUAUGGAAGAGGAGGAAUCACUUGAAUGGCGUUAUUUAGAUGAAAUGCCAAUAAAAAAAUGUGAAUGUAAUUUAAUUAACGAUCUGAAUGUAUUGGAUGAUUUAUGUCAAGAUGAUGUUCUCAAUAUACUAUCUAAGUGGAAUUGCAGUUGUGGUAAAAAGGUUAUUUCUUCACAAACUUCUACUACCGGAUUCCAGCCAACGCCUUCGGAAAUGAUGUCUACUGACGAUAGCAAAUUGGACAUAACAUCUUACCCUUUACCUCUGUAUAAAGUAAAAUCAUUUACUAAUAAAGAAGAACGUAUAAUCUUACAAACGGGAGAUUUAGUACGGUGUAAAUAUACAUUUAGUCCAAAAGUCGAAGGAAAGUUCAAUGUGAAACGAUUCGUUCAAGUCAACGGUUGGCCGGCGUCACAAGUGGUGGUCAACGUUACUGGAAUUUGCGACUUACCAAGAUUGGACAAUCGUCCGAAAAAAAUGUUUAAAAAUUUUGUUAGAAGACCAAUCGAAGACAAUGUGUACAAAGUAACAUAUUUAGAUGAUGUCAAAGUAUUUCAAUUCGGUCCAAUUUUCAUUGGAAAAAAUCGAAUAUAUGAAGAAAAGUACGUCAUUGAUUUAAAGAACUCUUCCUUAGUCACGACAGAUGUUGAAAUCGAAUUUUUAGUUGAGACUGAUGUAUUUCGCAUUGACAAGAAGAAUAUAAAGUUGGAGCCAGAAUGUCGCGGGAAGCUAACAGUAUCUGCUGCUCCAGCAGUAAUUGGAGAGCAUAACAAUGUUCUGCUAUUUUGUAUUAAAAAUAAUCCAGAGAUUGUCGAAGUUAACAUUGCCUGUAGUGGAGUUGUGCCAAAAGUAGAAAUUUUACCCUCAACUAAAAUCAUAGAUUACGGAAAACAUCUCCUUUAUCGUCGUGAAGAUGACAGAUUUAUUGUCAAAAAUGAUUCCAUUUUGCCAAUUAUGUGGAAAAUAAGAAACGCGAAUGAAUUUCUAGAGGACUUCAUAAUAUCCCAGACGUCUGGUGUAAUACCCAGGCAUCAGAAUCAUGUGGUUCCCGUAACGUACAUAGCCUGCAAAGUAGGCAUUAUAUCAAACAAAAUAUUGUUCAUCGAUAUUUACGAUUCAGAGGGCAGAGGGGAUCCAAUGAUAGUUGUCUCGCUGUAUCUUUCUGCCGAGUGUUAUGAUGUUAUGGUAGAAUGUGCUUAUGAAAACAUGGAUGAAAAUUAUCUUAACUUCGGAAACGUUAAAGUCAAUUCAACAGUUGCACUUCAGAUGUAUCUAUUGAAUCGCGGAAAGUAUAACAUUUAUUACAAGUUGAAAAAAGUGAAGAAUUUCCCGGAGCCGUCAUUACUAAAAUCUUUUGAAGUCACUCCAGAGUGUGGUGUCUUACCAGCAACAACAAAACUUGUUACCGUAGAAUUUGAAUGUACGCCCACUACUUCGCUGAAUUUGGUCAACGUCCCGGCGUACAUCUGUACUUUAUUAGACGGUAGCAGUAAUCAGACGAUUGUUGCGAAAUUUCCUAUUUGUGUGACAAUAGCAUCGUUUUAUAACACCUUCACACUUUUUCCUUUGGGUGAAUUGAAUUUUCAUGUCAUACCAGUUGGCGUAGGAGUUAUAAGAGAAGUUAUUCUCAACAACACAAGCAAGUGUCCAUUUACAUACGAAAUUAUAUUACCAUCUGAAUAUCAAGUAGAUCCUGAUACUAUUCAAUCUACUAAAGGAAAAGAUAAUAAAAUAAAAAAUCCUCCACUAAAAUGCGGAAAUUUUGUUAUAAUGAAUGAAGACAAUCUCCUAGCUCCUUUUACCAGCAGAACUAUUCAAAUACAAUUUUUGGCAACCGCUGCAAAGACAUUCGAAGAAACUGUACAUUUUGUUAUCAGCGAUACUUGCCCUGCUGAAGCUAAUGGUGUUCCACUUAAAUUGGUUGGUACAGGAGCUAUACCAACAUUAGACUUUUGGAAUCUGGAAACCACGUUUAGAGAACAUUUAAUUAUUAAAAACAUGUCUGAAUAUAAAGUACCAGAGCCUUCACCCCAUUGUAUCUUUGUGGAAGACACAGUUACUCUGCACUUCUUUGGCGUAGUUGUAAACACAAAUUACGUCGGAGCUAUUGAUUUGUACAACAACGGCUUAGUACCAUGCGCUUUAAAAAUGAAGUUGCAUUACCAGUCAAAUUCCAAUCAAGAAAUAUUUUCUUUAGAUAAAUAUGAGACACACAUUGAACCAUUGAUGCACAAGAACUUAAAUAUAAUUUUCAGUCCAAAAGCUUUAGAGGUAUACAAAGCCGUUUUAGAAGUUAAAUUAAAAAAAAUCGAAGGUCAGGAGCAAUCAUUUAGAAUAUGUUUGAUAGGCGAAGGGGUUAUUCCUAGAAUUCGCUUAAUAUAUCCACAAAUCAAAAAAGAUAGACUUACUUUACUAGAAUUUCCUGUAACUUGUUUGGGUUCUAUUACUAACAGACAAAUAUCUUUCAAAAAUAUAAGUUCUAUUAACGUUAUGGUUAUAGUGGAUAUUACUCCAUCAAUUAAAGCAGAUAGACUGUUAUAUUGGUUGACAGCCGAACCGGAUACGGACCACAUUGUUUUGAACGGAAAUAAUGAUAAUGUAAACGUCACAUUAAAAGUGACAAUGAAGCCAAAUGAAUUAGUGACGCUAACUGUUCAUUACAGUCCAUUAGAAAAAGGCAAAACCAACUGUGAGAUCAAACUUACAGUUGUUGAUAAUCCUUUCGAAAAUUAUACGAUAUUGUGUAAUGCUGAAGCUUUUAUGGAAGAUGUUAUCCUAAUGGGGCUUGAAAUGCUUUCGAUGGACGUUGAUUUGGAAACGUAUAAAAUGCCCGCAGAACGGUCUACAACUUCUACAACUGAUACCAGAAAGAAGAACAAGUCUGCACAAUCUGUUAAAAAGAAAUUAAAAUUCGUCGAUUCUAAAAAAAGUAAAAGAUUCUCACAAGCAUCCAUUAAACAAAGUGAUUCAUCUUUUAUGGAGUCAACUAUUCUUAAAUAUUUAUUAGAUUUUGGCGGAUGUGAACUGUGCUUAAUACAGAGAAGAUCAGUAAUCAUGGUCAACAAUUCUGAAAAGGUUUAUAAAUUUGCCUGGAUGGAAUCUGAAAAUAUUGUUGUUAGACCUUCCGCUGGCUACAUUUCUCCAGGUGAAGAGAAAGACUUGGAAAUUAUUUUUUAUUCUUCACAACCUGUUGACAUUGAAAAGGAAUUUAUAAGUUGUUCCUUGACUGUUGUUAGCGAUAAUUCCCUAACAGAAAAUUCUAGAGAAAUUACGUGGGAUACUCGGCAAACUGUAACAUUGUUUAAACGCAAUAGAGAUGUUAGCCUUAAUGAAAGAUAUGAUAUUACGGUAGAAGAUCAAAUAAAAUCACCAAUUAUCGAAGAAUUUAAUGAAAACAUCUCCAUUGUUAUUAUUUACUCAGUUAAAACGGAAUAUACUAAAUAUGAAUGUGAUUUAGAAGAAGAAAAAACUUUACAAGAUACUUUUAUAUAUCAGACACGAAGUUUUAAUUUCAAAGUAGAAAACGUUGGAAGAGUACCCAUGAAAAUUACUUGGAGUUUCGUUAUUGAUGAUGAAUUUCCUAUUAGACUAACGAAAUCCAAAUUAAAGGAAGAUACACAAAAUGUGACAGAGUCUUCAGAGAGUAUAAAUGGCUCAACAAAUGAAAGAGAUUCCGAAAUACUUGCAAUAGAGAAAAAUAGUGAAAACUCUAAUAGUGAUCCUAGCAAAAUGACAUUAUUCAGUGAAAGUUUGAGCAGAGACAGUGCAGACACUUGGUUCGAGAUUGAUUUGCCAUUCCACAUAGAGCCGAAGAAAGCAUGCUUAAAUCCUAACGAAACUAAAAUUUUCAACGUAAUAUUUUCACCGCUUGAUGCAUUUUUGUUUAAAGUCCGGCUACAGAGUACAAUAGAUAAUUUAGAUCCUUAUGAUCAAAAUAUAACUUGCAAAAUUACAGCAAAAUCGCUCAUUCCUUACGUUCAUUUGGACGUAGAAGAGAGUGAUUAUUUGACAUCUGGUAGAAGAAAAGCUACUGAAGUAGCUUUACCUGCACUAACAACCGUGCUAGAAUUCAAUGUUCUCGGCCCCGGAUGUUACAAGAAGUAA